AUGUCCCAAACUUCUAAGGCCUUGAGAAUAUCAAAGAGAUUUCGUGAGGGAUCUCGGACUUGUUCUGAGUGUCGGCGCAGAAAAGUCCGCUGUGCAUAUGGCCCGGAUUCUGCUGGCGAAUGCGCCCGGUGUCUUGCACGCGGCAUUACGUGCAUAGUGCCAAAGCCACGCGGGAUUGACGAUGCCAGUGAUGAGAGAAAGACUUUGAGAGAAAGAGUGGCCGACUUGGAAUUAUUAGCGGAAUCCUUCUCCCGAGAGAAGAAAGAUAUUGCUCAAUCUGCUGCUCCUAUCGCUACUGCCCGAGAUGAGGCUACGGCUGAAAAUUCGGACGAUGAUCUGGCUGAGCUCACCCGCCGCGCUCCACUGGUUGCAGCACUAGAAGCUUCUCAACUUCUCUCCACCCAACGAGUCGCGAGCACGAGUGAAGUGAACGAGGGUAUGGAGGACUUUCAUCCCCAUGCUGGCCGGAAUGUCCACUUUCAGAAAUCGGGUUCCACGCGUGAAGAUGCGAUAUGCGACCAACUCAGAGCUACUUUACCCAGCUACGAUGAGUUGAGACGAUGUUUCUCUGGAGACACAAGGUGGUGGGACUUCUGGCAUAUCAAGACCUUUGGAGCAGAUGCCGCUUGCGAAAGCCUCCCGCAAUUUCUGGAACGAACCUACGCGACCGGCACUCCCAUAGAAGUCGGAUUUCUUGUCUCGUCUUAUGGUCGCCACAAUGCAGACGAAGCUUCGCAGUAUCUUCCCAUUGUUGAUCAUGUGGUUCUUGCAAACGAUCAACUUGCGAGCACCUUAGAUGGUCUACUUCUGACGGUCUUCCAUGCAAAAGUGUAUCUCGACGUCGGUCAACCUCGUCGCGCCUUUCUGUGCAACCGCCACGGUAUUUCUUUGGCCCAGAUCAUGGUUAACCUCCACCGCAACUAUUCAAACUCUCCCAGACGCAGCGCGGCGUGGUGGACCCUGUAUCUCGGCGAUCGGUUUUUGUCCGUCCUGCUUGGUUUGCCAUAUGCUAUUUCAGACGAUUCCUUCGUUGUCGCCUAUGUAGACGACACCAGUCAAGUUGGGCACGCGACUUAUCCCUUUGCGAUCCGCUUGGGCCUGCUCACAAGCCGCGUGAUUGACCAAGUUCAGAGUCGUAAAGGACCAAAAUUCUCCGAGAUUCUGGACAUCGACGAUGAGCUCGCAUCCCUCGCUAACGCAAUGACAAGGAAUUGGUGGGACCACAACAUCCCGGUAGAUGCUUACUCGACCGACAUGAAUGAGUUGCGAGAAAGGCUCAUCUGCCAAGCGCAGUACUUCCUUACAAGGACAUAUCUACAUUUACCAUAUCUCUUGAAGACGCCAACAUCCCACCUCUAUGUAAGCAGCAGACUGACCGCCAUCGAUUCUGCAAAGGACUUGCUGAAGCGUUAUCUGGCUUUGAGAUCGCAUGUCAAUGACAACCCCAUCUUCGAUUGCCAGUCACUCGAUUUCGUGGGGUUUAUGGCUUCAGUUAUACUGGUCGUUGGGUCAUUAUGCGACGGAGGAACUCCUCUCUCGUCGGAUGAUAUCGAUCUGAUCAACAAGACCGUGAAUGUUCUCCAAGAAUUGGCUGGAAAUAAGAUCAACCAUCUCUCUCGCCAAUGUCAUAAAAGUCUAGCAACUCUACUUGUGCUGGCUCACCUGGACAACUCGCUGAGCUCUGCAGUCCCAUCAAAGAUAACAAUACCUUUCUUUGGGACGCUCUACGUGACUUCUGAACGGCACUCGAGAUCCGACAGCAUACGGACAUCCGGCCAGCACAACAUUCCCUCAGGCUAUACAAGCCGUCAUGCAAACACUUCGACCGGCAAUAUUCAUGACAGCGACCGCAAUCGCCAGUCCCCAACAAUCGCCUAUGAAGGCUUAUAUAGCUUUGAUUCGGACAUGGCUUGGGCACAAGAUGAACUCGGCACGGUGCCCGAAUCUUUCGGUUUCAUGACUGACUUAGAUCAUGACUGGGAGUCCUUCUUCAAUUCAAAUAUAUAG